UGUCCGUCUGCCAGUUAGUCAGUCACAGGGUCGGCUGAUUUCCUGGUCGGCUGCGGUCCGCGUUCAGGGUUUGUCUCCGCCAUGUCCGGACUCGGGUUGCUGUAUUCGGGACUGGGGCUGAGUGCGGCCGCCGCCAUCGCCGGCAUCGGAAUCUGCUAUACAAUAUUUGACCUGGGCUUUCGCUUCGAUGUAGCAUGGUUCCUGACAGAGACUUCUCCAUAUAUGUGGUCUAACCUGGGUAUUGGGCUAUCCAUUUCAUUGUCAGUAGUGGGAGCUGCAUGGGGCAUUUACAUCACUGGAUCCAGCAUCAUUGGAGGUGGUGUCAAAGCACCUAGGAUCAAAACCAAAAAUUUGGUCAGUAUAAUCUUUUGUGAAGCUGUGGCCAUCUAUGGAAUCAUCAUGGCUAUUGUGAUUACCAACAUGGCCGAGCAAUUUAGUGGUAGAACCCCUGAGCAAAUUGGUCCCCGGAACUAUCAUGCAGGUUUCUGCAUGUUUGGGGCAGGUUUGACCGUAGGAUUUUGCAAUCUCUGCUGUGGUGUAUGUGUGGGCAUUGUGGGAAGUGGUGCUGCACUAGCAGAUGCCCAGAAUGCCAGCCUCUUUGUCAAGAUCCUAAUUGUGGAAAUCUUUGGCAGUGCCAUCGGACUCUUUGGAGUCAUUGUAGCAAUCCUGCAGACAACUAAAGUGAAAAUGGGUGACUAAACUCUUUGCCAACUGCAGAUCCUGUAUAUAUUUAUUUAAUGUCUCCUGGUGGCCUAGGAGCUUGAUGUAUAAAGUUCUUCUUGUGAUCUUCACCUACUGGGCCAU